GCGGUGCAUUGAUGUUGUUAGUGCCAGGGGCAAGUGCUGCCCGCUCGUGUUGGUGACCGGGGGUUGGCGGUGCCCACAACUCCUACUCUCGUAGACUUUAACACUUUAAACUCAAACCUUUUAGCGUCUUUAAAGUUUAAUUAAUACACCCGUCGCACCUUCACAGCCGCCGAUGAAGGUCUUUGCAAUUAGCGCUCAUGUCUUCGUUUCGCCAACACGGUGGUGUGGCGGUGCGUCAGGCCACGCGCAAGCUGUCUGCGCGGCCCACGCUUGGCAAGGCAGAGCAGCCGAACCCCAUGAAGAAGCCGCAGGCAUUGCCCGAGAGGAACGCGGCGGCGGUGGCGGCGGCGGCUGCGGCAGUGGCGGCGGCGAAGGUAUCGGCGCCGGCGAGGACAGAGGUCAGGGGCGGCCCCCGGCCCGCUGGUGGCACGGCGGCGACGCGCUCGGAGAGCUCGCUGACCCGUGCGCUGGGCCGACUUGCCAUCACCAAGACCACGCUGCCGACGCGAGCCGUGACCCACUGCCUGAUGAACUGUACUGUGAUCGCCAUGUGGCCGUCAGCAGCACCAGGCCCUUCUCCACGUCGUCGCAUCGGCGUGACGGUGCCGCGGGGGGCGGCAGGAAGAUCGAGACGCUGGAGGACGUGGCGCGCCUCAUCCGAGACGGGCACUGCAAGAACAUCGUGCUCAUGGCCGGCGCCGGAUUGAGCACCGCCAGCGGAAUCCCCGACUUCCGGACGCCAGGCACGGGGCUCUACGACAACCUGCAGCGCUACAAGCUGCCCUUCCCUGAGGCCGUGUUCGACCUCGACUUCUUUGCCGUCGACCCGAAGCCUUUCUUCACUCUGGCGCAGGAGCUGUACCCCGGCAACUGCCGCCCCAACGAGGCGCACUACUUUGCGCGCCUGUUGCACGAGCGCCGUCUGCUCCUGCGCCUCUACACGCAGAACAUCGACGGCCUGGAGAGACUGGCGGGACUGCCGCCGGACAUGCUGGUGGAGGCGCACGGGACGUUCGCCAGCGCCACCUGCACGCAGUGCCGCAAGCCGCAGCCGGGAGACCAAGUGCGGCGCACCGUCAUGAGCGGCAAGAUCCCCCACUGCGGCGCGUGUUCCGCCGUCGUCAAGCCCGACAUCGUGUUUUUUGGCGAGGACCUUCCCAGGCGCUUUUACGCCUACGACCAGGACUUCUCCAUGGCCGACCUGCUCAUCGUCAUCGGCACCUCGCUGGAGGUGAUGCCGUUCGCGGGUCUGGUCAGCGCGGUGCGUCCCGGUGUGCCGCGGCUGCUGCUGAACCGCGAGGCGGUGGGCCUCUUCCGCCGCGCCGCCUCUUCCCCGACGGACGUGGCGCACUUGGACGACGUGGUGGCUGGCGUGCGGCGACUCACAAACCUCCUGGGCUGGGACGCCGAGCUGGAUCGUCUCAUCGCCACUGAGAGCAAACUCUUGGACAAGGAGCUGGCCAAGGCGGACGACGGUCCAGCCGACAACGGGAAAGCGGGCACCAAGAACGGGCCCGGCAAGAAGCCCUCCGGCGACGGCUCGGCGGGCAGAAGGGGCCUCCACACGGCGAGCCGCGUGGCCCCCGCGGCCACGGCGCCGGCGAAACCGUGGGCUGGCGUGAUGGUGGCGCGCGCAAACGCACGCCGGCAGAUCGCGCCGCCUCGCGCCAUCGACGCGGCGUCUUCGGAGAGCGACAGCGAUAGCAGCGGCGACGACGCCUCUUCUGAUUCGUCGUCCGGAGCCAGUCUCUGAAUGGUGGACGCGAUCCGAUUUAAUUUGAAGUGGCAUGGCGCUAAGCGGCAUGUGACCUCCCCCCCCCCCCACCAACAACAACCAUCGCUGAAGCACUACCGGGUACUCGCCAAAGAAAGGGUGUCAAAGAUUGGGUGCCAUUUGGUGUCGAGAAAUCAUCUUACGUUUGCAUUACUGUUGCUCAUGCUUGUUUUCCAGCCUUCGUGUACUUUUCUCUGUGAUGAAUUUCUCACAAUUAGAACUGCUUUAUUGUGGGGCACUGAUUUGUAAAACAUUGCACAUAUCUAUUUAAAAGCACAGUUGUGCCAUUAUUAAGGUUGUUGCUGCUGCAGCAGCAAUUUUAUGCAAUCAAUGACGGUUUAAGCAAAUGUGAAAAUUAUGAAAAUUGCAAAUUGGAAUAAUAGAUAGGUUAUUUUUUUAACUUUGACGUUGCUGUGAAUUUAAAUUUCGAUAGAGUUCUGCACUGUACAAAUUCGCUUAUGCAAAAUGUAUAGCAUGACAUUUGUGGAUUACCACAGUGAAUGGAGUUUUAGGACAAGUCUUGAAAAACAACUUGAAGAUGUAUUUUUAUUAUGACAGUAAUAAUAAUCUUUACCAAGCAGAUGCCCAUCGGAAUCGCACCACCGUAUCUUAAUUUCGAUUCUGCUUGGCUCGCGUAACAAGGGCGCCAUGGUGGUGAGAUGUUAACUUACCUCGCCUGAUAUACAGGAGGUCGAUGGGUUUGAUCCCGACCCUGAUGCCUGUAUAUUUGGAGCUUGCAUGUUCUCCCCGUAGUCAUGUGGAUUUUUCUCGCGGACCUCUGGUUUUUCCUUCCACAUUUAGAAACAUGCGUUCAGAGUAUUUGGGCAGCUAUAAAUUUCCAAUCGAUAAGCCACUUGAUCAAGUUAUCAUUUGUGGCUAGGUCAGUUCUGACAAAAAGUUAUUAUAGCUCAGCAGGCCUUACCUGGUAAAUUAAAAACUAGUUUAAAAACCAGUUGAUACCCAAUGACGGUUGCUUGUGUUGCAAUCGAAACGUCGUACUCCAUUAUUUAAUUUAUUUUCUUUCUACAUGACUUUACCGAAAGAAGCAAAGAGUAACUCCUGCAGUCACGAAAGCUUCAAAUCAAGUUUGAACUAGUUAUAGUUUAACUUUAGUUCUUUUUCGAAUGCCAUCACACGAUGUUCACGCGACGGUUUACCUUGUCAGCAUGACGGGUGUGUGCACGGCCCUGCCCGUUCUCCGCAGGUCUCUGACUUGUGCGCGAGCGCCUCAUUGAAUCGCGAGCACCCCUUGGCAGAUUUGAAUUCACACAUGGCAGUGCUGCUGCUUCAGCUGCUGCUGCUGCUGUUGAUUCUGGCAAGACGCCCUGAUCACGUUCGUUCCAGGAUACGAGCAUCGCACAAAGGAUAGUGUUGCGCACUUCACAAGCCACGGAGUGAACUCAGGGGAGUUUGUCAAGGCAAAGAACUGGCAACUGGUGUUAUCCACUCUCCAGGCUAUAUCGACAUU